AUGGAGGGCUCGAAGAAGCCGCGCCGCGCCACGCGGCCCUGGAUCACCCUGCGGAACGACGCGGCGGCCGUGGCGAUCGACGCCGCGGGCGGGUCGAUCGCGUCCUUCGUGCUGGGCGAUGGGGUGAACCCCUUGAGCUGGGACUCGGCCGUGCACGAUCAGCAAGAUGUGGAGAAAACGGCUCCCAGGCCGCUGGGGCAUUUUUUAUGCCUGGAUCGUUGGGGUCCGCCCUCCGUGGCGGAGGAGGCGCAGGGGAUGCCCUACCAUGGGGAGGCCUCCAGUCGGCACUGGCACGUCGUGGAGUUGGACUCGCCUGUGGUGCGUUUGGAGGCCCAGCUGCCCAUGGCUGGCCUGGCCGUCGAACGGCGCCUGGAACUGGUGAAAUGCCAGGCGGCGCGACGGGCCGUCGACGCGCCGCAGGGCGGCGCUGCGGUGCUGGCGGCGGUGUUGAAGGUGCAGGAUGAGGUGAAAAACAUCAACCAGCUGGGGCGGAUCUUCAACAUGGUCCAACAUCCCAGCAUCGCCGCGCCCUUUCUUUCUGCGGAGACCCGCGUGGACUGCAAUGGGAAGCGGGGCUUCACGCAGGGGCCGCGCGGCUGCGCGGAGGUCCUGUGGCAUGCUCCGCGGGAGUUUCCGGCGGCCGUGACGGCCCGUGACGGCGUGCGAGAUGCGCACGGGAUGACGGGAGGUGCUGAUGAUGUCUUCAGCUAUGAAGUGGAUCCGAAGGAGACCUAUGGCUGGGUGACUUGGCAGGGAGGGUGGUCCAAGUGCACGAGUGGCUAUGUGUGGCCGCGCGCGGAGUACCCCUGGGUCUCGCUUUGGUGCUCCUCCGAGGUUGACGGUGACCAGCGUCCAAGGGCGCGAGGGCUCGAGUUUGGCACCACGGGACUUCAUCAGCCCUUUCCCAUCCUGACGAAGCAUCCCAGGAUUUUCGACUUACCCACCUUUGAGCACCUGGAUGCUGCGCCCUCCUCCACACGGAAGUCCUUCUGCAGCUUCCUCCUCUCCAUCCCGUCGCACUUCCGCGGCGUGCAGCGCGUGGAGCUCGUGGCAGCCGCGGCGGCGGCUCCCGCGCGGAAGCUGCGGAUCUGGGAGAAGGACACGGGCAGCUCGGUGGAGAUUGCGGCCGAGACGGAGCUCCUGUGA